AUGUUUUUAACUUCAAUAUUAUUAAGUUCUUUAUACUUGUUUAAUAGAAUACUUGCAUGACAAGGUAAUGUUAAACAUUUUUACUUAUUCGCUUCAAACUUAUUAUUAUUAUUUAUAGUUGUAUUAUAUAUUAAUUUUAAUACUUUUUCAAAUAGUUUCCAAUUUAAUUUUGAAUUAUUUAAUUCAUUAAACCCUUUUGGUUUAAGUAAUUCAGAUAUUAGUAAUGGUUUAUUAUUUGGUAUUGAUGGUUUAUCAUUAACUUUCAUAUUAUUAACUGUAUUAUUAAUACCAUUAACUUUAUUAGGUAAUUGAUAUAAUAUUAACUUUAAUUCUAAUUUAUAUUAUACUUUAGUCUUAGCUAUUGGUUUAGUUAUUUUAUUAAACUUCUGAGCUUUAGAUUAUAUUAGUUUCUAUAUAUUAUUUGAAGCUACUUUACCCUUAUUAUUCAUUUUAAUACAUAUUUAUGGUUCUUCAGAUUCUGAAAGAGCUUCUUUCUAUGUUUUAAUGUUUACUCUUAGUGGUUCUUUAUUCAUGCUAUUAUCUAUCGUAGUUAUUAGUAUCGUAUUAAAUACUACUAACUUUAUUAAUCAUAAUUUAUUCGUUUUAUCUUUAGAUUUACAAACUAUUAUUUGAUUAGGUCUAUUUAUAGCUAUAAUGGUAAAAACACCUUUAUUCCCAAUUCAUGUAUGAUUACCAGUUGUACACUCAGAAUCUCCUUUAGCUGGUUCUAUGAUCUUAGCUGGUUUAAUUUUAAAAUUAGCUUUAUACGCAAUAUUAAGAUUAUUAUUACCUCUAUUAUGUGAAGCACAAAUAUUAUAUACACCUAUGAUAUAUAUUAUUAGUUUAUUAACUAUUAUAUUGACAUCUUUAGCUACUUUAAGACAAAUUGAUCUUAAAGUUAUUAUCGCUUAUAGUUCUAUCUCACAUAUGGGUAUAGCUAUAUUAGGUGUAUGUUCAAAUACUUCUUUAGGUAUUUAUGGUUCAAUAGUAUUAGGUGUAGCACACGGUUUUGUAAGUCCAGCUUUAUUCUUAAUCGUUGGUGGUAUAUUAUAUGAUAGAUAUCAUAUAAGAAUCGUUAACUAUUAUAAAGGAUUAACUACUUAUAUGCCUCAAUUAGCUACUUAUAUUAUCAUAUUAAGUUUCGCUAAUAUUGGUACUCCAUUAACAGGUAACUUUACUGGUGAAUUCUUAUCUUUACAAGGUGGUUUUAUUAGAAAUCCUAUUAUAGGUGGUAUUAGUUGUAUAUCUGUUCUAUUGGCAGCUAUAUAUCAAUUAAAACUAACUAAUAAAUUAACUGGAGGUAUUUCAUCUAUAUAUAUGCAUAGAACAAAUGAUGUAACUAUAAGAGAGAAAUUUAUUAUGAAUAUCUUAAUAAUUUCAACUUUAAUUAUAGGUAUCUGUCCACAAAUUAUGUAUAACUUAUUAUAUUGAACUGUAAAUAAUUAUAUUUAUAUUAUUUAA